AUGUGUCGCCGAGCUGAAGUCCUGCGGUUGUACAAGGACCUCUUGAAAUAUGCACAAGGUGUCCAAUACUCGGACCGCGCCUACCUCUCAAACCUGUUCAAGACGGAGUUUAGGAAGCAUGCAAAGGAGACUGACGCAGUUUUUAUAGAAUUUUUGUACACAGUAAGAUGAAAUCCUACCUUACUUAAAUAACAAUGCUUCUGUAGAAAGGACAAUCGGUACUCCGCAACAGACGCUUUAUAUGA